AAAAUGGGUUGAUUUUCUACUGUUUCAUGGGACAUUCCUCUAGAUAUUGAAGCUACAUUUAGGGUUUUUUGGUUCUUUUACUUGCAGUUAUUUUAUUUAGUUUUUACUUUUCUGAGUGGGGAAAGUUUGGGGCUAGAUAUUUUCUGAGAGACAAUGGGAAAAUAGAUUGUUCUGCAUUUGGGGGAGUAUGGACAAAACAAGAAGUUUGGAAUUUGGAGCAGUUUUUUCCUUUUUUCCCCCUUAGAAAAAAAAAAAAAACUCUUCUUUUCAUGCUGCGUUUCAAAUUUCAAACCCUCUUACAUUUAAUUAUUCGAUCGUUGUCCCUCUCCUUCUUUCACGGCCACACUGGGAGGGAACUUCGCUGUUAAAUUACCAAAAUGCACCUCUGGGCCAUGGAAAAUUACCAAGUACUUCAAUUUUUCCCAUUUGGGGGAAAGGGUUACUUCUGGAACUGUUCAUUCUCUUAUCUGUCGCUCUCUUGUAGGCCCUUAAGGCCAUAAUAGAGGGCCUGAGUAUUAAAGAAGUCUGCUUGAAAGCUGACUGAACUAUUUACUUUCUUUUCUUCUGGUUCAUUUCCCUCUCUAUCUCUCUUUCAUCCCAUAUUUUCUCUUCUUCAUUGUUUCUGCUGUAAUAUCAAGUUUAUUUCCCCCAUUUUUAUGAACUUCACUUCACAUUGGUCGCCAUGAACGAGCUUUGAUCCUCUUGCUUCUCUAUGAACCUGAUCUGUUGCAGACUUGCUGGUCUUGUGAGUGAGGGAACUGUCGAGUAGUUUGAACCAAAUCCCUUUUGCUUGACAUUUUUUUCUUCAGAAGGAAAGUGAUGCAGACUUCAAAAUCCAGAAGUUCAUUGGAGGCACCCAAAAAGGUCUCUUUAAAAGCAGCCCGUCAAGUUAAGCCAGCAGCAUUGAAGUGCGAUUCGUCAUCCUCUUCCAAUCUAACGGGAAAAAUAUCUAAAGAGAGGAGCCCUAAAAUUGUUGGCAGGUCGCCCAGAACUCCACUAUCAGAGAAGAAGUGCCAAAACAGAAUAUCCGAAUUGGAAUCUCAGAUUUCUAUUCUUCAGAAGGAUCUUAAAAAGGCAAAGGAGCAACUGCACUCGUCCAAGUCACGGAAAGACCGAGCCCGGGUAGAUGCCGAGGUGUCCACGGCAUCAUCAAAUGUCAAGGGGCAUCAGAUAUCUUCUUCUGAGCAAGGCCAUCCUAAAGAGCUCCAGAAGCAAGCACAAGAAGAUGAUCAAUCACUGCACUCCACAUCCGAGGUCACCGAGAAGUCGGAAUCUGUGGACUCCGUUGCCUUAGCAAUGGUGAACUUAACGCAGCAGCUUAAAGUCAAACUUCAGGUUGUUGAUGAAUCCAAAGCUUUCCAGACUAAGCAUACGGAAUUUGCGAAAGAGAAGCAUGGUAAAUUGAAAGAAACAUUGUCAGAAAUUCUCUCUAUUAUGGCAAGCAUGAAAAACCAACUGCAAGAUUGUGAAUUAUCAGAAGCUCAGGUCCAAGCGCUUAUUAGUGAAACUACAGCGCAGUUGGAAACUGCAAAAGAAAUGGUAGACGUGCUCAGUUCUGAUACUACAAAAGCUUUUGAAGAUUGGAAUUCAGUUUCUUCCGAGUUGGACGAGUCUCGGGAUCACGUAAACCUAUUGGAAACACUUGUUCGUAAACUAGAACUCUCCCUUGUUAAUGCUAGCUGGAAGGGCUUUGAUAAGUCUGCAGUUAACAAAAACCGAGAGCAGGAAAUGACAGAAGAUGAGACAAGGGAACUGGAACAGUUUGAAUCUGAUUUACGCCCUCUGCAGUCAGAGGUCAAACGACAGAAAUCCGCUCUGGAAGUUUCUGAGGCAGAAUACAGGGAGGAACAAGAUCAUAGUACCAUCAAACCAAAAUCUGCCAAUGAGGCUAAACAUGUGAAAUAUGAUCCAAAUCUGAGAGAGGUUGAACUCAAGAAGGAAUUAGAUAAAUCAAGAGUUGAAAUUGAUGAGUUCAAAGCGAAGUUACUCGACAAAGAAACAGAAUUACAGAGCAUCUCGGAAGAGAAUUUGAAGCUGAGUUCUAAGCUCGAGAAGAGCCUAUCGACACAUCGAGUAUAUGAACUAGAGAAAGAGCUGGAGGACUUGAAGAACUGCAUUGCAGAUUUAAAGGCCAACCUCUUAGACAAAGAGACAGAAUUCCAAAGUGUAACAGAGGAGAAUGAAAUGCUGAUAUCUAAAAUCAGUAGAAGGGACACAAUCAAAACUAAAGCGACAGAGGAAACGUCAACCGAGCUAGUUACAUCCUCAACAAUAGAGAGAGAGACCCAAGCAAAACUCGGGAUCAUCACAGAAGAUGCAGAUCGAGGUACUGGUACUGGGAGGAAAUCUGCAGGGGUAGCUGAACUAGAGGCAGCACAAGCAGCCAAUGCAGAAAUGGAGAUGGAACUGAGAAGGCUAAAAGUGCAGUCGGAGCAGUGGAGGAAGGCGGCGGAGGCUGCUGCAGCCAUGAUCUCAGCCGGGAGUAACGGGGAAUUCGUGGGGAGAACCGGAUCAAUGGACAGCAACUACAAUGCCAUCACUGGGAAGAUCGGGUCGCUGUACUCAGAAGAUCCAGAUGAUGAUUUACUGAGAAAGAAAAAUGUGAAUGUACUAAGAAAGAUAGGGGUGCUAUGGAAGAAACCGCAGAAAUAGAAAGUGGGAUUUACAUAUAUCCAUGUAAUGCAGUUUGUAGGCUUUGUAGUAGUUAUGCUUUCACCACGGCCAUUGAUGUAAUUUUCUUAUUUUUGUAGAGAGCUCUCUUCCAAAUUUGAGAAUUCAGAAUGCUAUUAAUAACUGAUAUGGCAGUUGAUGCACUCUCUAAACUCUUACUUGGCGUUA